CUAGCCUGUGACACCGGGUGCGCGGAAAAUGAGCAAGCUUGUUGUCAUAGUGGAAUAUUCAUAAAAUUUACUCAGUUGGUCCUUUGUCCUGCUCACCCUGAUUGGGCAACGUGUCUCCGCCACCGGUUCUGACGCUGGACCAUUUCUCUCUGUACGCUGGUGCGAGAAUAAUUUCUGUUAGUUAAUAAUUCGAAAUAUGGCACUGAGAAGGGUUUUAUGCUUCUGUAUCAAACGACUACACUGGACCACAACGAGGGCCAUUUGGAGAUCGUCUUUCUGUUCAAAGAUAGCGUUUUGUUUUCUCCUUGGUCUCGUAGUGCUCAGUUACAGGGAGUUAAUCAGAGCUGAACAAAGAUACGAGAAGUUUGUAUACAGGGAAUUCCAAGACCCAGAACGGGACUCCUUUCUUUACGGCACAUUCCCGAGUAACUUCUCAUGGGGCGUGGCCACAGCGGCUUAUCAGAUAGAAGGAGCCUGGAACGAGGACGGGAAAGGUCCCAGUAUCUGGGAUACUUUCACGCACACACCUGGUCGCACCUAUAACAACCAGACAGGCGACGUGACAUGUGACAGUUACCAUCGAUAUGAAGAUGAUAUCGCAAUCAUGAAAGAAAUGGGGAUGAAACAUUAUCGAUUUUCCAUCGCAUGGUCGAGGGUAUUCCCGGACGGUACCAGGAAUAGAAUCAAUAUGGCGGGGGUUGAUUAUUACCAUAAAUUAAUCGACGGACUCCUGGCAGCCGGUAUCCAGCCUAUGGUGACGUUGUACCAUUGGGACCUUCCCCAAGCUCUACAGGACAUGGGUGGGUGGGAUAACGAUAUCAUGGCCGUGCAUUUCGAUAACUACGCCGACUUCUGUUUCAACGAAUAUGGCAGCAAGGUAAAACUGUGGAUAACAUUCAACGAGCCCUACGUCUUCACGAAAGUCGGUCUGGAAACUGGAGUGCACGCUCCUGGUCUGAAACACCAGGGUACAACGGUGUAUAGGGCAGCCCACAACGUCUUAAAGGCCCACGCCAAGGCAUGGCACACAUACAACGAUAGAUAUCGGUCAACGCAGAAGGGGAAGUGUGGUAUCACGCUGAACUGCAGCUGGGGCCAGGCCGCCACAGACUCUGAAGAAGACAAAGCGGCAGCUGAUCGGUACAUGCAGUUCGGAUUUGGAUGGUUCGCCCACCCGAUCUUCGUGAACGGCGAUUACCCGGAAGUCAUAAAAGACAAGGUGAUGAAGAAAAGUCUAGCCCAAGGUUUAACAACGUCAAGGUUACCGGAAUUUACAGAAGAAGAAAAACAACUAUUGAAAGGCACUUCAGAUUUCCUCGGUGCUAACUACUAUACCGCGGUGUACGUUUCAGCCAAAGAACGCCAAGCAAUGCCACCCGGGUUCUUUAAAGACCAGGACUUCAUGACAACAGAUGACGAAAAUUGGCCAACCAGCGGGGCAGGGUGGAUGAGACCCGUACCCUGGGGAUUCCGUAAAUUCCUCAACUGGAUCAACGAGAAUUUCAACAAGCCUGUUAUAUACAUCACAGAGAAUGGCGUGGCCGAACACAGCGAAGAUGAACCCAUGUUUGAAGACACGUGGAGAAUUCAGUACCUCACAUCACACGUCAACGAAAUGCUGAAAGCUUACACGUUGGAUGGCAUCGACAUUCGCGGCUACACUUAUUGGUCUCUUAUGGACAAUCUGGAAUGGGCGGAAGGAUAUGCAUCAAGAUUCGGUUUAUAUUAUGUUGACUUCAAAAACCCAAAGAGACCAAGAUUACCCAAGGAAUCAGCGUCAGUUUACGCCAAAGUCAUUAGAAACAACGGCUUCCCUGAACCUGCGUCCGGAAUGUUAUGGUAGUAGUUUAUGCGAUCCAGAUUUUUUUGAAAAAAAAAAACAACAAAACAAUUAUAGUAAUUUUGCUAGAAAGAAGGAGCUGAAUUGGAUCGUUAGUUCUCUGGUUUGAAUGUUGGUCACCAUGGCGACAUGGCAUGAAUUGCAGUCUGUGUAUUAUGAAUUUUUGUUUUUCUGUUAACUGUAAUACUCCAACUUGUAUAGUGUGAGGCACACUAAACAAACUUGUAUAGUGUGAGGCACACUAAACAUUCAUGGCUGGCCGAGUGAUUACGAUUCCCCUUAUUGAAUCUGAUACUGUUAUAUAGUGUUAUAUCCGACUUUGGCUCCAUGUGUGUCUAGUCAGAACUGGGGGUAAAUUUGUCACAGCUCCCCAAACUUACCCUUCUCCCGAGUUAACAAGAAAAUGAAAUUUGACGGAGGAUACAUUGACAAAAACGUGCAUUCAUAUAAUGUGUGUUUUGUGUGAGAUAAAGCCAAAACUUUGAAAAACCAAUAUAACCCCCAUUUCUUAUGUCAGUUUCAAAUUCUAAAUACAGAAAGUUGGUCGAAUAUUGAUUACAAUGCACAAUGUACAAAGCCAUGGUAACCGUUGCGUGGCAAUUAUGUCUGAUUUCCUCUAAUAAUCUAUAAAUAAAAUAGUUCAUUGUUAAUAGAUGACAAAUUGGUUUCCUUGGCAACUUUAGACUUAGUUUGCCCAAAAAAAAAUGCUCACCAUAAUUUCGACGCGCCUUUUGAAUGAGUAGCGCCGGUGUACAUCAAAUUAUUAUUGUUAUUACAGUGCUUAAUUCAAAUUAUUCAUUCAAUCAAAUGGUUUUGUCCUGUUAUUUACGUAUCUGGGACGUGUAUGUGUAUAUAUGUGACAUGUGAUAUUAUGUCUGACGUGUCAUCAGCCUGUUGUACCAAACCAUGUUCUGUUACAUGUGUCGUGUACCGGGACUGAUUACAUUGCAUGUCGGAUUACGCCGCCAUGUUGUAUUUUGACGCGGUCCACACGGGACAAUAAAAACAAAAAUGAAAAAUGUCAAAGCUAAUAGCCUUUUCACAUUUCCUAUCCAAUUUGAUGAUUUUAUUUCAUUCUUUGUUUUUGUUUACGUUUUUUUCUCUGAAGCAAUUUUUUUCUGUCGGAAAACGACACACAGAUUUGUUAUUAGGGACAUGUCAAACGAUAUUUACUAGGGUGAAAAUAUUUGUACACAAUUCUAGGGGAUUACAACUAAUGUAUUGAUCCUACACCGCCCAUGUAUUCAGUUAGACCGUUUUAAUGGAUAAUAGUAGAUAAUCACGUCUGUAAUGAACUGGUCGAUGGUACCGACUCAUAUUUUACAGGUUGACCGUUAGAAACUCUGGCGGUGAAUUUGGGGGAAAACAUACUUGCCAUCAAAGCGGAAACCACGCAUAUAUACAGUACCUUUAUUUUGAAGACAACAUUUCGCAGUUUUUUCUACUUUCUUUCUUCACAGAGUUUAUAAUGGCCAACCUCCAAGUGACAAAAUUAAAAAAAUGUAAAUUUGCGUAUAUUUCCAGUCUGACGAUCGUUCAGAUUAACUGUAGAAUACUUUAUUUCCGUGGCUUAGAAGUUAUUUUCGCUGAAUCAGUGAAAAUAGAUUCCAGCGAAUAAAUAUUUUUUCCUAUAAUCAGUGAAAAUAAAUCCCAUACAAAACACCCAAAAAGUCUUUUCAGCGAAAAUUAAUUCCAGCUGAAAUAAAGUAUUUUACAGUGUAGUAUUUAUCGGUGCAGGUGUCUUAAAAGGUACAAAGUUAGUUGGUGAAAAAGGUGGUUUCAACGCAAUGUAUGUUUUGUGCCGAAAUGUGU